AUGAAAAUUGGGUCAGGAACUUCACAAGCUAUAAGUGUAGUGAAUAUGUACGACGACAGGCGUGGUGGUCGUGGUGGCGGACGUGGGGGAAGCCGUGGUAGUCGUGGAGGCGGCGGCAGAGGUGGUUCGCGAGGGGGCCGCUCGAGUGAUCGUUCACAGGACAGAGGCGGUAGCCGUUUCGGCAGCAGUCGCGGGGGAAGAGACAGUGGUCGGGGCAGCCGUGAUGGUGGAAGAGGCUUUGGGGGGCGAGGUGGACGGGACGAUUUCCGAGGUGGAAAUUUUAAAAAUGAUCAGCCGGGCGGUAACCUCCGAAAGAUUCGUUGGGACACGAUUACGUUGACUCCGUUCGAGAAAAACUUUUAUGUUCCACAUUCGAACGUGCAGACACGUAGUCAAACUGAAGUUGAGGCUUAUCGCAGUCAACAUCAGAUCACUGUGAAAGGCCGCGAUGUCCCAUCACCUAGCAUGUAUUUCGAGGAGGGAGGUUUCCCUGAUUACGCCAUGAAGGAAAUUUUGAAACAAGGUUUUCCUCAUCCAACGCCGAUUCAAGCUCAAGGAUGGCCAAUUGCUCUAUCUGGUAGAGAUUUAGUAGGAAUUGCUCAAACAGGCUCCGGAAAGACACUUGCUUAUAUCCUGCCAGCCAUCGUCCACAUAAUCAACCAGCCGAGGUUGCUUAGAGACGAAGGACCAAUAGUACUAGUAUUAGCUCCGACCAGGGAAUUAGCUCAACAAAUCCAACAGGUGGCCAAUGAUUUUGGCCAAAGUGUGCAAGUGCGGAACACAUGCAUAUUCGGUGGAGCGCCCAAGGGACCACAAGGCAGGUGCUUGGAGAGAGGUGUUGAGAUUGUAAUUGCUACACCAGGCAGACUUAUCGACUUUUUGGAGAAAGAAACUACAAAUCUCCGUCGUUGCACUUACUUAGUCCUGGAUGAGGCUGACCGGAUGCUUGAUAUGGGUUUCGAGCCACAGAUUCGUAAAAUUAUUGAGCAGAUUCGGCCAGACAGACAGGUUCUUAUGUGGUCAGCAACAUGGCCGAAAGAAGUCCAGAAUUUAGCUGAAGAAUUCCUACACGAUUACAUCCAGAUCAACAUAGGCUCUCUGUCUCUUUCUGCCAACCACAACAUUCUGCAGAUAGUGGAUGUGUGCGAAGAAUGGGAGAAGAAUGAGAAGCUUGUCACACUCCUCACUGAGAUAUCAUCAGAGGAAGAGACUAAGACCAUUGUUUUUGCUGAAACUAAGAGGAGGGUGGAUGAAAUACAAAAGGCCAUCAGCAGAGCAGGCUGGCGGGCACUGGCCAUCCACGGCGACAAGAACCAACAAGACCGCGACUACGUUCUGAACCAGUUCCGCAUGUCCACCGGAGGCAUUCUCGUUGCCACCGACGUUGCAGCCCGAGGUCUCGAUGUGGAGGACGUGAAGUUUGUGAUAAACUAUGAUUAUCCAAACAACUCUGAGGACUAUGUACACCGCAUCGGACGCACGGGGCGUUCGCACAACACCGGCACUGCGUACACGCUGUUCACGCCCAACAACUCUGCUAAGGCUAAAGAUCUCAUGCAGGUAUUGCAAGAAGCGAAUCAAGUUAUAAACCCCAAGCUCAUGGAGCUAGCGCAGUGCGGUAUGGGAUUCAAGGGAAAGUUUAACCGCAGCCGUUACCGCGAGCGCGACGAGGGCGCGCCGCGCUUUGGAGCCGCGCGCGGCCGCGGGCGGGACGCGCCGCGCGCACGGGGACGCUUCGGGGCCGACCGGGGUUCACGAUGGGACGACUCAAACAACGGCUUCGACAACCAAAACUCUGGUUCCGGUUACAACACUCGCUCCAGCUUCGGCAAUCGUGACAGUGGCUCCAACAGAGACAGCUCAGGGUUCAGACAGGACAACGGAUUCCGCGGUCGCGGCCGAGGACGGGGCGGAAGCAGUUCUGACGGACAGAGCUUCAACAACCAAGGUUAUAACAACCAAAGCCAGGGGGGGUAUAAUAACCAAAGCCAGGGUUUUACCGCCCCGACAGGUGGAUUUAACGUCCCCCCUCCAACUAGUUAUUAUAAUAUGUAUGCCCAACCCCCACCUCCUCCAGCCACUAAAUUUGGCGCUAAAUAG